UAGCAAAGUCUGUGUCAGAUUCUCAUAGUCCCACCUCAAGCUAAUGAUAGCAGUAGCUUCUCAAGCUAAGAUUUGAGCAUGCAAUAUAACAUGUAUCAUGUAAGCCCAAACUAUGUAAAAAUAUUUUGCAUGUGCUGGGUCACUAAACCACCGGCCAAGUGAGGUGGGUAUUUUCAUUUUUCCUGCACUUCACAGACCAAGACAGCAGAGAGUUUGAGUUCAAACUCUGACUUCUAACCAUUUUACUAGCCAACACUUGUCAAAUAAGGGAAGUAGUUGACUCCUGUUCUUUCUUACGGGCAAGACAUUUCCUGCUCUACGAUUCCCACUUCUCACCAGUCGAAUGGGAAUCACAAUACACAAACCAAGUUGUGAUGGAAGGACAGGAGACUGCAUCCCACAGUUGUCCACUCAACACCAAUGAAGUGCAUUUUACUGAGUGCCCUGGCCCUGCUCUGAGGUAGGGUUGGAACCUUCUGUGAAGCAGAAUAUAGAGAGAUUGAGAAUCUAAAGUGCAGAGCUGGCGCUGGCUCUCACAACCAAUCAGUAAUGCGCGCCCCCUGAAAGUUUGCACCCAAGUCUUGACUUCAAAACUUUAGCUACAAAGGUCCCAGAAGCGUUGAGUGAUUCGUCCUCUCGUCCCUGUCACUGAAGAGGAAGAAUUACGGCCCAAAGAACUUCAGGUGGGCGAUUUGGCCCAAAGCUCCCACGAAGCAAGGGCGUGGCACAGCGGGGCAUAUCUCAGGCCGCCCGUUCCAAGUGGAAUGAAUGAGCGAGGCCAGGCCCGGGCCCGGCGCGGCCGCAGCGCCCGUGGGCCUCGGGGGCUCCCGUAGCCACGCGCCGCGCACCCCCUCCCCACCCCAGCCGUUCGCGGGCUCUGCCACCAGUUCGCAGACCUCCGUCAGACCUCGACCCCGACAGAGCCCGAGUCCAUGCCCCUGCCCCGCAGGGGAAGGGGAUCCCGCCUGGCCAGCACCAGAGUGGCUAGCACUAGCCUCCCACGGGCCGUGCCCGUCUUCCCAAGGCGAGCGGGCCGCAGGGCCUCGCUGCUGAGCCAUGCGCAACACCUCACCCGGCGGCGCCAUUCCUCCGAGCUGGUCCCCGAGGAGCCGGAGCUGCGACCUGACUUCCGCUCGGGAAAGUGGCUCCGAGAGCCCGCCGCAGGGGACUUCGGGGAGUUACGGCAAGGACUGCUUGCUGGGAUGGGCUCUCGACACAGGAUCUAUGAUCAAGAAGAACUGGUGAUCCCUUGUGCUUCUGACAGUGAUUCGGGAAGUGUGGAUUUGCAGCUAAGCGACCUAGAGGGUAUUAAAAAAGACCCAAGUAACACAGAUCUUACAGUCUUAGACUUGGAGAUCCCUGACAUCCCUGAAUUCUCUCAGGACUCCCUUACAGAUAGCCUCAGAAACCUGACUCACGGGAGCCCCCUCAGCCAGACCAGUGUGGAGAGGCUGGUCCAAUCCAUCCAGGAAGUUUUUCGUGGUAAGCUGAAGGGUGAAUCUGAAAAACUGAAGUUCCUAAGGUCUUUGUCUUCUCUCAGCCAAACUUUACUAUAUGAUGAAACCACAGAGUCAUUUAUUAACAGCCACAUAGCUGACAUCGUGCAUAUUCUCAAUGUGCUGGUGCAAGAGGAGCUCCUGAAUUCUCUGUCCAGCCCUGUGCUCCAGGAGGUCUUGGUCACUGUCACUGAGCUCAGUUACCAAGAUGUCCAUCUACUGCUUGACUCAGAAGAUAGAGAUGACCUGCUCAGUCUCAUCAUCAAAAUUGUAAUCACUCUGCCUUCUAUAGAUACUCUUAUCCAGCUGCAGGGGCCCAGGCCAAGUGGGUCCCGCAACACAGAGUCUCUCUACAGGCAGACUUUCCAGGCAUUCUCUGACAUGCUGCAGAGUUUUGUGAUGAAAGACCCACAUUUGGAAAAAUUUGACACCAUCUUUCAGCACAUGGAGCCCUGGUUACAGUCAGCCAAAGACCAUGAGAGGAAACAGGCCACAGCCACCAUGGCCCAGGUUCUCAAAUGCUUAUCUAGACACCUCAGCCUGAAGCUUCCCCUGCGAUUCCAAAGACUUGGGCAUCUUGUGGCUCUGAUGGCGCUGCUGUGUGGGGACCCACUGAAAGAGGUGGCUGAGGAGGCUGCUGAGGGCACACACUACCUGCUACACAUCACCCUGAGGCUGAAGUAUAUCACUCAUGACAAGGAAAACCACCAGAGCUUGAAAAGAGCACUGAAAAAGUGUCGUGAACUCCUAGACCGUUACAGCAUUAAACGGUUCUACCGCUAUCCCUCCAAAAUUGCUCAGGUCUUUGAAGUUUUCCUCAGUUCCACUGAGCUCUGCCAGUUUGUAAUGACCACCUUAGAUGGCCUGAAAAAUCUGCCCCAUCCUUGCAGCCAACAGACAGCUGGGGAAUUGCUGAUAACAUUGGUGAAAAAUGCAGAAUCCCGAUUUGAGAAGUUGCCAGAAAUUAUAGGAGUUAUCUGUGCCCGGCUAUCCAUAAUCAGCCAGCCUAAAGUCCGCCAACAAGUCAUAAAUACUGUGAGUUUGUUUAUCUCCAGGCCUAAGUACACAGAUGUAGUACUCAGCCAUCUUCUUUGCCAUCCAGUGCCAUAUGACAGGCACUUGGCGGAGCUGUGGAGAACCCUGGAAGUCGACCUGCCCAGCACCACCUGGAUUCUGUGGAGGCUCCUGCGGAAGCUGCAGAAAUGCCACAAUGUGCCCACCCAGGAGAAGAUGGCCUACGUGGCUGUCGCUGCAACAAAUGCCCUCUAUGAGGUGCUUGUGGGAAACAAGCUGCGAGCCGCCACCUUCCGACUCUUCCCUCAGCUUCUCAUGACCCUGCUCAUCCAGAUCCACCACAGUAUUGGACUCACCAUGUCUGAUGUCUCCAUCCCCACCGGCCUGUAUGCAGAACAGGAAAUAUCAACAGAGGUCACACCUUUGGGCUUCGCCAUGCAGGCUAUAAAGACUCUCCUCCUGAGAACAUUGUGCUGGCAGGAAUUCAACAUUAUGGAAAAGAAUAAAGGGUGGACGCUUUUGAAAGGAGAUUGCCAUCUUCAGGGAGUAUUUCUCCUUGCCAAUGCUUUGCUGGAAAGAAAUCACCUCCUAGCCCAUAGAAUCUUGUACUUGUUAGUCCCGCUUCUUAACCGAGGGAACGAGAAACAUAAACUCACGGCUGCAGCCUUCUUUGUGGAGCUCCUCCAGAGUCCAGUGGCUAGAAGACUGCCCAGCACGUACUCUACUACCCGCUUGAAAGACUGGUUGUGUCAUGGAAACAACAUCUUUAGAAUUCUCGCCUUAAGGGGACUGCACAACCUUCUCAGACACAAAGAAAUGAAGGAAAACAUCAAGAACCUGCUGCCCUGUCUCUUAGACAGCCUAUGUGAAGCCGACGAGAGGAUUGUUUUGUUGACCAUCCAGAUACUCCUGCAGCUUGUCCAGAACGUGGACUUCACUACCUUGGCUGCCAUGAUGAGGACGCUGUUCUCCUUAUUUGGUGAUGUGAGACCUGAUGUUCAUUGUUCCUCCAUGACCCUCUUUGGAGCCUCCGUGAAGUCUGUGAAACACAGAGAUAAGAAGAGUGCAGAGAAACAAGUCCUGGAAAGCCUGGUCCCACUACUGCUGUAUUCUCAGGAUGAAAAUGAUGCCAUAGCUCAGGAGAGCAGGCGAGUCUUAACUAUAUGUGCCCAGUUCCUGAAGUGGAAGCUGCCCCAAGAAGUGUACUGCAAAGAUCCCUUGUACAUAAAGCCUGCUGAAGUUGAGACAAUCUGCAACUUCUUUGGAAAAAAAUGCCAGGGGAAAAUUAACAUCCUAGCCCAAACAUUGAUGUACUCCAAGAAUGCAAAACUUCCUAUCAGAAGAGCAGCAGUCUUAUUUGUAGGGCUUUUAACACAGUACAUGGAUCACAAUGAGCUCAGGACUACGGGUACUGACUGGAUAGAAAAUGAUCUGAGAGACCUGCUGCAAGACCCUGAGCCCUCUCUGCGCCUCAUUGCCUCACAGGCUCUGUUCCGAGUCCAGAGGGUUGGGGAACUAGAGCCUGAGCAGACAGUUUGCUGGUUGAGGAAACUUCUGGGCUGUCUCCCUACCUAGAACUACAAAGCAAUCAACAUCAGAAGAAGCUGCAGAACCAAACAUGGAAAUGACUUGACCAGGGUCACACAACUAGUAAAUGGCGAAGCCAGGAUUCAGACACAAAUAUUUUGGCUCCAAAGCUGACAUUCUUGAUUGGCCUGCUGUUAUUCUCCAGCCUACUCUUUCCCUCAAAAGGGAAUAAACACAGAUCUCUUGCUGAGUUCAUACUCCAAACAGACUUCUGCUGUAAAGUGAGCCUGAAAUAUUUAAUCAACAGCAAGGGUUGAACUCUUUUGGCAGUUAUGGGGAUUGAACUCAGGACUUCACACUUGCUAGGCAAGUGCUCUACCAGUUAAGCAAUGUUCCUAGCUCAAGGUGGAACAUUUCUUUCCUAAAAGCUAGUGAGGCUUGGUUUUUAGUCAGAAUAUACAUCUACUACUGAAGUGGAAUUAGAGCAAAAUGUGGUUUGGUGGUAUGAUCUUAUGCACUAUUCCAGCCUCACAGCAAAAAUAAAUCUCAGUGACUGGAAUAUAACUGUCUUUUAAUGUCUGCAUUUAAAAAUGGGUGAUUUUACUUUUUAAAAUCUAAAAAGGGGCUUGUGCUUUCAGAGGCUGAGUUUAGGAUACAGCUUAAAUCUCCAGUGACAUAAGAGACUAAAUGAAUCCUUUUUUUUAUUAUUAUUUUAUGCUAUAAUCCCUCUCCCUACAGGGAUUUUUAUUUUUAAGUAACACAACCAGUAGGGAGUAGCAAGCAUAUAAUGAUUAUUCUAUUUUAUCUAUGCUUAUUGUAUUAAAAUUCAUAGAGAAGCAUUGAGACAAAGGAUUUUUUACUGAACUACCUCAGCAGUUGGGAAAGGCUAAUAUAAUGGUGAUUAUAUUAACAAGUCUACU